UCCCACCUGUCUCCCGCUUCCUCUGAUUCACUAUCUUCAGGACCUAGGAAUGGGUGAGAAAAGCAACAACAUCUCCCGGGACUCAGUGGUCAGCCACUGACCACCUUCUCUCUCUCGCCCCCAUCCCAUGGCACUUGGACUCCAUCCUUCUGUAUUUGCUGCAGGCAGAUUCAUCAUGUGGGUCCUGACAGCCCUCCUGCUCCUGGUUCCAAGUAGUGGGCAAGCAGUUGCUCUGGAGAAGCCCAUACUGUCUCUACACCCACCUUGGACCACAAUCUUCAAGGGGGAGCGGGUAACCUUGCGGUGUGAUGGGUACCAUCCUCUGCUCCUGGAGCUCCGGCCCAUCAACACUCUCUGGUACUUGGGUCAUCUACUCCUGCCGUCACACAAGAAGAGCAUCGAGGUGCAGACACCAGGGGUGUAUCGAUGCCAGACACGGGGAGCACCCGUCAGUGACCCAAUCCACCUCUCUGUAUCCAAUGACUGGCUGAUCCUGCAGGUGCCCUACGCUGCGGUGUUCGAGGGCGAACCGUUGGUCAUGCGCUGCCGCGGCUGGUACGACAAAGUCGUCUACAAGCUUCACUACUACCGCGACAGCCAGGCAGUGCGUUACUUCCACUCCAGCGCCAACUACACCGUGCCGCAGGCGCGUGUCAGCGACAGCGGGCGCUACCAGUGCUCCGGCACCAUGCGCAUCCCGGUGGAGAGCGCGCCCAUGUUCUCCGCCAAGGUGGCCGUGACCGUGCAAGAGCUGUUCCAGGCGCCCGCGCUGAGGGUGAUGGGUCGCGUGGAGGAUCGCGGCGCGGCCCACCGCGGGGUGGUGAUGCGCUGCGACACGCGCCUGCACCCGCAGAAGCGCGACACGCCGCUGCAGUUCGCCUUCUAUAAGUAUAGUCGGGUCGUGCGACGCUUUGACUGGGGCGCCGAGUACACAGUCCCCGAGCCCGAGGUCGAGGAGCUGGAAUCGUACUGGUGCGAGGCAGCCACGGCGACCCGCAGCGUCCGGAAACGCAGCCCCUGGCUGCAGCUCCCCGGGCCGGGCUCUCCUCUGGACCUGGCGUCUGCCACCUCCCCGGCCCCACAGGCCGCAGCUUUGGCGCCCGAAAAUAAGCCUCUUUCCUUCAGAAAGCCCUCGGUGUCCAGAUCAGUCUCCUCGGUCACCUCCUUCCCGAACACCACUUUAUCGGGGCUGUUGUUCCCCGCGGUCAGCGCCCCCACUGCUGGGCCCCCUGCUUGCACUCAGCCAUCGCCCUUGGAACAAUCGGCCGGAGGAGCCCUGAAACCCGACAUGGACCUUCUGCUUCGAGAAAUGCAACUGCUCAAAGGCCUUUUGAGUAGGGUGGUUCUCAUGGGGCUUAGGAGAACACCCGAGACCCCCACUUCCCUUUUUGCUGUGAGCCCAGGAACCCCGGAGUCCACUGUUGUGGAGAGCUGAGGUGGGGGUGUCUACCCUCCCCUGUCCAGGCUGAUUCAUCCUUAGUGUCUCCUGCUAACCCUCCAAAAUGGUCAGCCAUCCAAGAUGGCGGGCACCUUCCCAAGACAUCUAUGUUUGUCUCUUUGUUUUGUCGUGGUUUUAAAAGAAGCCACCAUAAAAUGUGGUAGCUGACAAUGGCAACUUCACGCACAGAUGAGCAGUGUGUAACCAUAAGGCAUUCCCUUCUGUCUCUUCCUUUCCCUCACAGAAUUCAGUAAGGAAGUAUAAACCUGUUAUUUACUACUUUGAGGUUUAUGUUUGAUAGUUUGGUCAUCCUUACCUCUUCAUAUAAGCCUCAUAAUUCAAUACAGGCAAUUUUUUGGUACUUAAGUUCACUGAGGUAACUGAGCACUUCAGAACAUUUUAAGGUCAAAUUGUAAUUAUGCAUAAUGA